AUGCCAGAACAGCUUAUUGACACAUAUCAUAUGCAAAGUAACACUACAAACUAUGAUAAUGGUAACUGCUAUCAGAAAUUCGAAAGUAUGACCGUAAAAAGCAAGCUAGUUCUAUGUGUCAGUCCAACUGUACAAGUUACAAACAGAAACAAGUCCGUUUUUGGUGGUUUGCAACAUCUGUAUCUCUCUUAUAUGCAAGGAACAAAGAUAGCCGUUACUCCGGUUCAUACUGAAGAAGAAAUGGAGUUGUAUCUGUUAUUACGAAGAAAUAAUCCUUCGCUUGCAAAUCAAGUGUUCUCUGAAAAAACAUGGUAA